AUGUCCCGCCCACAACCCGCCAGGGCACGCCCCAGCCCGCCAGGCCCCGCCCACGACCCGCUCGGCCCCUCCCACAACCCGCCAGGCCCCGCCCACAACCCGCCAGAUCGCGCCCCCACCCCGUCAGGCCCCGCCCACAACCCGCCAGGACAUGGCCCCAGCCCGUCAGGGCACGCCCCAGCCCGUCAGGCCCCGCCCACGACCCCACGGGACACGCCCCCACCCCGUCGGGCUCCGCCCACAACCCGCCAGGCUCCACCCCCAACCCGCCAGGCUCCGCCCACGACCCCACAUGACACGCCCCCAUCAGGCCCCUCCCCCACCCCGCCAGGCCCCGCCCCAGCCCGUCAGGCUCCGCCCACAACCCUACAGGCUCCGCCCCCAACCCGCCAGGCUCCGCCCACGACCCCACAUGACACGCCCCCAUCAGGCCCCGCCCACAUCCCGCCAGGCCCCGCCCGCAUCCCGCCAUGUCCCGCCCACAACCCGCCAGGGUACGCCCCUGCCCGCCAGGCCCCGCCCACGACCCGCUCGGCCCCUCCCACAGCCCGCCAGGCCCCGCCCACAACCCGCCAGGGCACGCCCCAUCCCGCCAGGAUCCGCCCACAAAACCGCCAGGCUCCGCCCACAACCCGGCAGGUCACGCCCCCAACCGCGUCAGGCUCCUCCCACAACCCACCGGGCUCCGCCAACACCCCAGCAGGCCCCGCCCACAACCCGCCAGGUCACGCCCCCACCCCGUCAGGCUCCGCCCACAACCCGCCAGGUCACGCCCCCACCCCGUCAGGCUCCGCCCACAACCCGCCAGGGCACGCCCCAGCCCGUCAGGCUCCGCCCACAACCCGCCAGGGCACGCCCCAGCCCGCCAGGCUCCGCCCACAACCCGCCAGGACACGCCCACACCCCGUCAGGCUCCGCCCACAACCCGCCAGGCUCCGCCCCCCAACCCGCCAGGCUCCGCCCACGACUCCACAGGACACGCCCCCACCAGGCCCCGCCCACAUCCCCCCAGGCCCCGUCCACAUCCCGCCAGGGCACGCCCAAGCCCGCCAGGCUCCGCCCACAACACGCCAGGAUCCGCCCACGACCCGCUCGGCCCCGCCCACAUCCCGCCAGGCUCCGCCCACGACCCCACAGGACACGCCCCCACCAGGCCCCGCCCAUAUCCCCGCCAGGCCCCGCCCACAUCCCGCCAGGCCCCGCCCACAACCCGCCAGGCUCCGCCAGCACCCCGUCAGGCCCCGCCCAUAUCCCGCUAGACCCCGCCCACAACCCGCCAGGGCACGCCCCAGCCCGCCAGGGCACGCCCCAGCCCGCCAGGCUCCGCCCACAACCCGCCAGGACACGCCCCCACCCCGUCAGGCUCCGCCCACGACCCACCAGGUCCCGCCCACAACCCGCCAGGACACGCCCCCACCUCCGUCAGACUCCGCCCGCAGCCCGUCAGGCUCCGCCCACAACCCGCCAGGGCACGCCCGCAGCCCGUCAGGCUCCGCCCACAACCCGCCAGGCCCCUCCCACAUCCCGCCAGGGCACGCCGCAGCCCGUCAGGCUCCGCCCACAGCCCGCCAGGCCCCGCCCACAAACCUCCAGGACACGCCCCCACCCCGUCAGGCCCCGCCCACAACCCGCCAGGGCACGCCCGCAGCCCGUCAGGCUCCGCCCACAACCCGGCACGACACGCCCCCAGUCCGUCAGGCUCCUCCUACAAUCCUCCAUGACACGCCCACAACCCUCCAGGGCACGCCCCAGCCCGUCAGGCUCCGCCCACAACCCUCCAGGACACGCCCCAGCCCGUCAGGCUCCACCCACAGCCCCCAGGACACGCCCCCAGCCCGUCCGGCUCCGCCCCAGCACCCAAGGCCCCGCCCCCGUCCUUCAGGCCCCGCCCCCUCCCCCAAGGACACGCCCCCAGCCCGUCCGGCUCCGCCCCAGCCCAAAAGGACACGCCCCACAAACCCGCUAGGACACGCCCCCAAUCGCCAGGCUCCGCCCACAACCCGCCAGGCUCCGCCCCAGUCCGAUAGGACACGCCCCCAUUCGCCAGGCUCCGCCCCCAGCCCGACAAAGACGCGCCCCCGCUAUCCAGACUAUAGGCCCCUUAAGGGCUAG